GAGGGAGAGUUGCACUCUGACCCUGAUAACUUGACAAAGCUGAAUUUUAAAUAUCCCAGAAGAUGGUGUCUGCUUGCAUCCUGGUACUGAGGCACUGACAGCAGUGGGAGUCACUCGAGUAGUUGUCUCACAAAGAGAAGAUUGGCCUUGCCUGUGUGGAGUUGCUGCUGAUCCCCAGGUCAGUGAGCUGGGGAGGUCACAGGGGUAUGGGAGGUCUCCAGAUUCACUGAGAUUUUUGUGUCCAAUUUCCAGAAGCUCCCUUAUUACCCCUUAUUACCCCAUAGCUUUUCUGCUUCCCGGCCUUCCUGUCUCCCAGCAGGCACAUCAGUUGGGGAGUGGGGCGAGGACAGGUCUCAGCCUGCCUUGCCUUGCUGACAGGAUUACAAAAUGGCUUCUACGACCAAACCCAUUCCACAAAAUGUCAGGAUUAAAUAUCAGAAUCCUUGGCAUUGCCUCUGUGCUUGAAAGUGCUAAGGAAAGGGGCUUUAUCAAGAGGGAGGAUCAGCUGAAGCAGGGAAUUGUCCCUCCAGCUGCUUUUGCUUCCCAGGGAGCACAUGUGCUCCCUGCCUGUGGCUCUGCCUCCACGAGGCACUUCCAGCCCUAUUGCUAGACCACAAGAAAUGGAGAUGGGAAGGGACCCCAGGGAACUGGGAGAACAAGGAAGAGAAGAGGCCCUGAUUUUUAGCAGAUUUUUUUGUGGGUUGCUCCUAGAAGCAGUCCUAUGGGGACAGUGUCCUCAGACCCCUUGAUCCUUGUGCUUGCUGCAGCACCUUGGCUCAGCCAGGCCAGGGGCCGGGUGCAGCUCACUGUUCCCCACUUGUGCCCAUAUUUCCUGCACCCUGGCUCAGGGUGUAGCAAGUGCACAACUGGGAUUGGUUUUCAGCCUUUGUUUUUGCCUCCUCCAGGGACUAUAAGAAGGCCAAGGCCCUGGCUCUGCUGUGGGAAAGGAGUACUUGCAGAGUGAGCUGUCACAGCUGGAGAGCGCAGAGGCAGCUGGUGAGACAGGAGAAAAUGGUGCUGAGGGAGAGGAGAAGGGCUGGGUUGGUCGAGGUCUACUGUGGAAACUCAGUCAUUAGCAUCAGGUUCAGGAGUACUGUUAAGGUACUGUGGGACUAAAUAUUACCUGCCCUUUAUGGACUUGUGCUUUGUGUUGGGGCUGCACUAUCCAUCCCACUGAUGGCCCUGGGUUUCCUCGAUGUAGGACUGUUGACCACAGCGCCUGAAGGAGGUCAGUAACCCUCCCAGGGAGUGGGUGAUACAUCCUGGCCCACACUUCCUGUUGAUUUAGCCUGUUCAGACAGGCCUAGUUCUUAAAUUUAACAGGCUUGAGCUAAAAUUUCACUGUGUUAAUUUGAAAUACUAAUAUAAUGAAUUAUUUAUUAUGGCAAGUAAUUCCACAGAAGGGUACAGAAUAAUAAAAAAAAAAAGAAUUCCAGAAGAUCUAAGUAAGGUACAAUGUUAUGAUCCACUCUCCCCUAUGGUUCUACAAAAACUUUUGUGGCUAAACCUCAGCCACAGGCUUCUUCCAAGCUUUUGUGGCUUCUCAGGUAAACAGCUGCCUUCUGAUGACCUCAGCAUAACAGGGUGUGCAGGGUGUUACUAAUUCAGUGAUGGUCUGGAAGGUGAGGGAAUGAGUUGUACUUGCUGCUUCUUGCUUUUUCCUUCUCAAAAGUUUCAGAGUUUAAAAAAUGAAAAGAUAUCUGUAAAUUAGCUGUAGCCUGCAAAAUGCAUCUGACUGUGAGGCAUAAUCCCCCUGUAGUUACCUGUGCUUUGUAGUCUCACAACAAUUGUUGAAGCAGACUUUAUUUAAAGGAAAAUAAGUAGCGACUAAGUAAGUUCACAGAAGGGACUCAUUUAACCGACCCAUUGGAUAAAAGCCAGGGUAGGGCAAUAGGUGUCUUGGGAAUGUUUUAAUCUGUCAGAAAUGUGAUGACUAAAGGAGCAAUUACUGCUCUAUGUACCAUCCCUGGGCCCCUCCUACACUCACUUAGGAGUAUUUCUACAUUUCUCAUGCAGCCUGCCCAUGUGACGAAUUUGCACACACGCUGUACCCAAUUAAUGUCAAGCAUAAGAGCUGCUCUGCAUGUGUCUCACCUCUCUAAACCCCCCCUGGUAGCAAUUUUCCCAGCAUACAAAGAAUAAAUCACCAUUCUGCUAACUCUCUCAGAGGACAAUUCCCAAAUAAGGGCAAAUAAACACAUGUAACACAUGAUAAAACAUAAUUAAUGGGAUAAUAUUCUUCCCAGCAGAAGUAGAGUAUUAGUCUGCUUUAAGUAUUAAAUGUACAUGUAAUUAAAUAUGGCAAGGUAGGUGAGACAAGGCACUUGAAUAGGCACUUUUAGAAAACUGGUGAAAUGACUUAAAAAAAAAAGCCAAAACCCAAUCCUUCCCCCUCUUAAAAAGUAUAAAAAACCCCAACACAACCCCAAACAAACUGGUAAAGAAAAAUCUAUGCACAGGGACUCCAGGAAGUAUAACUGACUUUCCCUGUGUCCCAGGCUCUCCAGAAGCAGGAGCAGAUGAAGUGAGGAGAGCAGAGGGAGGGUGUGCAGUCUGUACAGCCUGCCCCACACACCCCUCCUGGGGCACAACUGUGCAGAGUAACACCGUUACCUUAAUGUGACAAAUGGCUUAACAUGGCCACACCUUGUAUAAUCAAUAGACGCUGUGCUGUUGGAAUCCUGUGCCUGGGAGUCUCCCAUGACACCACUGUUGCUCCUCACACACAUUUUUGGGUGACCACGCAUCAUGCUGACUUUUUUGGCUCUGGUACACCAGAGGGAUCUGCUGCUCUGCUACUCUUGUGGCUGAAGGCUGGCUGGGUCAGGAAAGCAUCACCUGCCAGUGAAGGAGCAGCUCCCCUAAACAACCCUGGGGUGGCUCUAGUGAACGAUUGUGCUGAAGGAGUGGCUGAGAAGGGCUGGGAGGGAAGCACUGAUGAACUUACUGUGGGUAUGGGAUGAGCAGAGCCAAGCAAAGGUUUUGUGUUUUCAGCACCCUCUCUUUGGCUGCUGGAGGUGGGAGGGAGGGCAUGUUUCCCUUCCCUGUCAGGCAUUCCACUUGUGCCUCCCUUCCUGAGCCUGGGGAUGCCCUGGGCAGGAGGGCAGCAUGCCUGGGCUUCUGAACCCCCUUCAUGGUGCCACUGCUCAGCUUUAUGGGAGCCCAGGGCCUUUCUCCUCAGACUGGGAUCCCUGCAUCCCCAGUGUCCCCCUCAUGUCCCAGAGAAGCCAAACAAGCAGGCCUGGGCCUCCAGCCCAAGCAGGGGCUGAGCUGGAGCAGCCAUGGGCUGUGAGGGGUCCUGACUGGUCAGGGCUGCUGAGCCCAUCAGUGCCUGAGGCAGACUGGGAGCUGCCCAGCUCCUCUCCCUCAUACUGGCGGGAUCAGGCCUUGGCUGCCUUCCCCAGAGCUCAGGGAGAUGGGAACACGCCUGGAGCACGACUGGCAUUGGCCAGAGGAUGCGGCGGAGCCGCCGCCGCUCACCCUGUGAGUCAGGGGUGGCCACGUGAGGCCCCAGCACCAGCCCCGACGCCUUCCCGCCCACCUGCCACCACAAGCCAGGGCUGGCACUGGGAUCUCUGCCCCUGGGAUCCUGAACCAUCGCACAGCCUUGCAGGUGAGUGCUGGGGAGGGGUUUGGGAGCUUCUUGGGGUCAAACUCGAGGUGUUUCAGGGUUGUGUCCUUGCUCUUGGUACACAGUUGGGUUGUUGGUUGCUGCCCAAAGCAUCAAACCACUGUACAAGGGUUCUGGUGCUGUGGGGGUGAGCCACGGGACUUCCCUGUAACCUCUGUGACUUCUUGACUCAGCUUCCCUAUCUUAUCAAUAUUUUUUUUCCUCUAAAAUCCUCACGGCAAGCCCUACACUUUAUGAGAGGAAGAUAUUUUUGCCUUGACUACAAGCAUGAGCUCUUCUGGCUUCUGAUGAGCUCAUUUUCUUCCCUUCAGAGCUUUGCAACGACCACAGAGAAGCGCACGGUGCAAAAGAAGAAAUACAAACCAGGCACAGCGAUGGAGGACUUGAAUGUCCCGGUCCCAGAUCUUACUGAAGAGCAGCAAGACGUAUUCCAGAGGGUUUUUACUGCUGAUGCCAAUUACUUGGAGAAUCACGAGAAAACGAACCAGUCCUUUUGGGAAUCACUUGUAAAAUGUUUAGCCACCACUGACCCUCCUAUCCUGAAUACUGAAGAAAAGAACAAUCUCCUCAACAGCUGUGAUGUCCUGCCUGGGGGCUGUGCUGCCUGCCUGAGAGCUGUAGAGAAGAAAGGAGUCAGGGCAAUGGCUGUUCUUUACCUUUUGCUGAAGGCAUCCAACCCAGCUGGAUACAGGCAGCUGCCCAGCUCCAUGGGAAAGGAUGAAAAGUUGAAACUCCUGAAGAGAUUGGAAAGGAAUCUUGUGCUUUCACAGGAGGAACAAAAGGCUGAAAAUUCAUCCCAUGAAUCCAUGGAUGAAGAUACACAAGGCACACCAGCAGAGAUGGUUCCCUACAGAGAUUCAGAGAUCACGAGAAGAGAAGAUUCAAUUGCAGAUGCAUAUGAGAACCAGAGCACUCCCCACACUCAGUGGGCAGUUCGGUGGAUGGGCAUACGGAAGGAUGAUGAAUUCUUUCAUUUUGUCAUUCUCUGCUUUGCAAUUGGAGCUUUACUAGUUUGCUACUACUACCACCAAGAUUGGACUAUUUCUCUUGGAAUUGGUUUAAUCACCUUUGCUUCCCUGGAAACCACUGGGAUAUACUUUGGUCUAGUGUAUCGAAUUCGGAGUGUCCUCGACAGCUUUGUUCCCCUGAUUGACAAAUUCAGGCCAAGAGGUGUGAGGAAAGCUGCCUAGGAGGAGCGUGUCAGGCGAGUUCCACAAACCCUGAAUUCUCGGUACUAAAAGAACUGCUUUAUGAGGUGAACCUAAAAACUGAAUGGCCAGUGUGAAAUACUGAAAUGUCAAAACCACUGAAAAGCAUCACUCCUUCCCCUCAAAAAUAAACCUGACACGGGUACGGGGCCCACUCUUGCUUCUGAAGAGGUUUGUGGCUCAGCAGAGCUCAAACACAAACCAACAUCUAGACUGUCAUUGCCUUAAUUCCAUUAAAUAUGAACACAUUCUCCAUGUGAGUCUGCCUGUGGUGCAUCAAAAACCAGUGUCCUGUGCUGGUUCUGGAUUAGGCUCUGGAUGUUUCAGGAGGAAUCCUGGCAGCCCCAGAGGCACCUCGUGGUGCUGCUCUCCCAGCUGAGCCCCAGCAGUGCAGCAGAGCUGAGGCAGAUUAACUGUGGCAGAACUGGGAGCAGUGAGCAGGCAAGGAUUGCACCUGGGGAGAGCUGGGGAGAUGUUACAUGCACUGACAUAAUGGUGCAGUAAUGGGAUUAUUAACAGCAGCAAACUUCAUCUCUUCUCCUGAGGGAAAAAAUAAAGUGUUUGAUUUGACUCAUCCCCCAACGUUUGAGUAGAAUAAAGUGGAACUCUGGCAUCCCUUUCAUUUUAUAGGGCCUUGUUACACAUUGUAUGUGUAGGGCUAAUGCAAUCACAGGCACACUGCAACAAAAGGGGCACCUUUAAAAUUUUAGUAAGAAUGUAAGGUCUUCCUACCCACAGAGUGACGAAGGCAACAAGUUGAACAGAAAAAGCCAUAAAACAUGGAAAUGUAAGGAAAUGUAGAUCUGAAACCCAUUAACCAGCCCAGAGGUUUAGAUGAACAAUUUCAAGCCUUGCUCAGAAAAUUCGAUUACUAUUUAGCUGUGCUUAAUUUUAAGCAUCAAUCACUUGGUCCUGCAGUUCCACCUGCGCUGCCAGAAAUACCAACAGUUGCACCCAGGCCUGCACCAACACAGCACAGCACCCACCCAACACCCCAGGGGCUAAAUUGUGCAAAGAUGAACACCAGUUAUUUCAUAAUACUUAUAUUCUCAUUUAUAUGUACUAUUUCCAUGUCUUUGUAGAAAUAUUCUGUCAUGCUAAAAUACUGUAUAUUUUGUGUUAGUCUGCAAAUAAAGCCAAUGUAGCCUUGUCAACAGCAAA